AUGCCCACAAGCGCUGCAAGCGCAGAUUCAACGAAUAAGUUAGUUAUAGAGGAGUUGACAUUUGAUUUGUUUGAUAUUCAAUCAAGGCACGAUGCUAUGGCGUCGACAUUAAAUGUUGAUCAGAAAGUGAUCUACGACGAUGUUAUCGCUUCUGUCUUGAUUGGUGAUGGUCGGCAAUUUUUUAUUUAUGGCCAUGGUGGUACAGGAAAGACCUAUUUAUAUCAAGCAAUAAUUUACAGGUUUAGAGCUGAAGGAAAAAUUGUAUUAGUUGUAGCAUCUUCCGGCAUAUCUUCCUUGCUAUUACCAGGCGGUAGAACCGCUCAUUCGCGCUUCAAAAUACCUAUAAAUUUAGACGAUCGGUCCUCUUGUGAGAUUAAAAAAGGUACCCAGUUGGCAGAAUUAAUAAAACAAGCUGCGCUAAUAGUUUGGGAUGAAGCGCCAAUGAAUCAUCGCCAUUGUUUUGAAGCCGUCGAUAGAUCAUUUCGUGAUAUCUUAUCUUCAUCGGAUGAAAAUGUGCGCGACCUACCUUUUGGAGGAAAAACAAUGGUCUUGGGGGGGGAUUUUCGUCAAAUACUACAUGUUGUUCCACAAGGCAUGAAGGAAGACAUACUAGAUGCUUCCAUUACUAAAUCGUACAUAUGGAAUUAUUUUAAAGUUCAUAGAUUGAGUAGGAAUAUGCGCGUUGUCGACUCCCAAAGUGCAGCUGCUCCAUUAUCUGACAUCUCAUUCCCAGAUUGGUUACUUUCCAUAGGAGAUGGCAGAAUUAAGUCACAACAAAUAGAUUUAUUUGAUGAGGAAAAUAACUGGAUCGAAAUACCUAUGAAAUUUAUAGUCGACUAUAUAGAUGACCCUAUUAAUAGUAUUAUUAAUUAUGUUUAUACAAAUUUUGAAACACGAUACGCCGAUUGUGUUUAUCUAAAAGAAAGGGCAAUUGUAUGUCCUAGAAACGACGUCGCAGAUCAAAUUAAUUCUGCAAUGCUUCAAUUGUUACCGACACAUGAGCAAAUUUAUUAUAGUUGUGAUAGCAUUUGUAAUAAUUCUCCUAACUUAGAAGAACUACUUAUGCUCUAUCCCAUUGAAUUCUUAAAUACACUGCAUUUUAAUGGGUUUCCCCAAUACGAGUUGAAAUUAAAAGUACACACACCAAUUAUGUUGCUGCGUAAUUUAAAUCCCUCAGCUGGCUUAUGCAAUGGGACAAGAUUGUUAGUAGUUCAGUUAGGUGUUCGCGUUAUUGAAGCUGAGAUUGUGACAGGUUCGUAUGCGGGGGAUCGAGUCUUCAUUCCUCGCAUUGUUCUGUCUACUACAGAUAAGAAAUGGCCUUUUACUUUGAAAAGACGUCAAUUCCCAGUAAAAGUGUGUUAUUGUAUGACAAUUAAUAAAAGUCAGGGUCAAACAUUACAAAAAAUAGGUGUUUAUUUGGACCAUCCGGUUUUUACCCACGGUCAAUUGUACGUUGCUUUGUCUAGAGUUACGAAUGAAAAUGGUAUAGGUAUCCUUAUACAUAGACAUGAUGCAGAUGAAAACAACACAUACUCGCAUUUUACUAAAAAUGUUGUGUACUCUGAAAUAUUGCAACAAUUAUUAUGA